AUGAUGCUUUAUAGGGUUAUGGACCUCAUUGUCCGGGAGGACACAUUUAAACUGUUUACAAGCAGGACGGGAAAUGGGAUAUUUGAAAGACUUGAGGAGGCGCCUCGGAUGGAGACUGUUGAGGAUCUAGAGGAAAGAAUUAAAGGAUAUUUUCAAGAGAUUCUGAAGGCGGCACCGGCAGAUUCCCUCUACUUCAACGAGGCCUUCCGAAUGUUCAAUUUUGUGGAGAGGAUCUUCAAGGAACUCCGGGAUCUUAACGAAUCGGCAAUGGAAAGAAGCAUAAGAAGCCCUAUGGAUGAUGUGAUUCGACUAUAUUCCGAGUCCCUAGGGAAGUUUAUUGAAGACAUGGACAUCCCCAUAUUGCAAGAGCAUGUGAGAUUUAUCAUAUCCUAG